UAUCUUUUAACGUCGGACACGUGUCCCGGUAUCGCCACCUCAACAACCGUAUACGCAACAAAAUCCAUUUUUUCCGAAAAGAAAAAAUAUUCAAACAAAAGUAUGACACUUCCGGCGCUAUUAGUGACGGCGACGAAACUAGCCGGAGCUCUAGUCUCCGUUACCGUCGUCGCCAACACUUUCUCCUUCUCCCGCUUCAAACGGAAAAGCUUGGCCCCCUUCGAAUCCCCAAUCGACGAGUCCGCCGAUAUUCUCGCUGAAUUCAACAUUAAUCCCACCUCCGAAGGAGAAAAAGGCUUCUUUUUCGGGCUAGCAACAGCACCGGCCCAUGUGGAAGACAGGCUCAAUGAUGCCUGGCUCCAAUUUGCAGAGGAAAACCCGUGUGAUCAGCCCGAAUCGCAGAAGGCUGGCCCGGAGCCUGCAGAUGCAGUUUUGGGCUCGGCCUCAGCAGAUGGUGGGGCCCAGCGUGGCCCACUGCUCGAUAGGGAAAGCAGCAGGAGCAUGAAGAGGAAGAAGAAGCUGAGGCUGGCUAUGGAAGCAAGUAUUCGAGGAUUUGAGAAGUAUGAGGAAAGUGAAGAGCCUGAGUCGGGCGAGGGGUGCCACCACACAGUCGCAUCAUGGCAUAACGUCCCGCAUCCUAACUACACCUGUGUUUGGGGUGUGCCCAUCCUUGGUUACUUGUUCUGGACCAUAUCAGAUAACUGGGAAUGGGCUGAUGGGUAUGGGCCCAAGUUCGGGCUUGUGGCAGUUGACCGUUUCCAUAAUCUUGAGCGGAGCCCACGCCCGUCCUAUGAUUUGUUUUCAAAGAUUGUAAAGUCGGGCAAAAUAGAACGUCUGGACAGAACACGAGCUUGGCGCGAACUUCAAUCAGCUGCUAAGGAGCGUAAAAAAAGACCGUUUUACCGUGCAGUUAACAAACACGGCCUGAUGUAUGCUGGGGGGCUCGACAAACCCAUCUUGCGGCCUUAUAUUGUCCGGGAUUGGAGGUUUGGACAUUAUGAAAUGGAAGGUUUGCAGGACACGUUGAGCCGUAUGGCGAGAUUCGUCCUACGACCUUUCUCACUCAAGAAGAAAGCAAAACCUCUUAAUGAUUAUGAGGAGUUGGCUCUUGAGCCACUUCAUGGUAUUGUGUAG